GGCUCCGUCUAGCGUCGCCAUUCGGAAAAGGAGCCGCGCGCAGCGGGGGCACGGCAGACCGCUACGGGCAGCCGCGAGUCCCCGGCUCUGGAGAAACCGGCCCGCCCCACAUUCCAUCCCCAUUUCCCUCCCUUAUCCCCACCUGGAUGCCGCUCGCGGGCAGGACGGGUUCAACUUCUCAUCUUUGGCCUUCUUCGUGUACUGCAGGCUGAUUUCUGUAGUUUAGUCAAAACGCCAUAUAGGUUGCUUUUUGAAGCUUUUUGAAGACCAUUUUGAAGAUGUGGCUUUUUGAAGACCAUUUUUAAGGCUUUUAGUAAGACAAUUGCAACAUUGAACGUUUUUAAAGAAACAUAAUCGUGUGUGUUGUAACAGAAAGAAAAAUGGAAGUGUUCCAGGAACUUCGUAAAUCAUCAGCACAUUUGGAGUGUGACCACUGCAGUUUCAAAGGCACAGAUUAUGAAAAUGUACAAAUUCAUAUGGGUACCAUCCAUCCAGAAUUUUGUGAUGAAAUGGAUGCUGGUGGGUUAGGUAAAAUGAUAUUUUACCAGAAAAGUGCAAAGCUAUUUCACUGCCAUAAAUGCUUCUUUACCAGCAAGAUGUACUCUAAUGUUUACUAUCAUAUUACGUCCAAACAUGCGUCCCCAGAGAAAUGGAAUGAUAAACCAAAAAAUCAGUUGAACAAAGAAACAGAUUCUGUUAAAAGCCCUCCUCUUUCUGAACACCAGAAAAUGCCCCCUAAUUCAACGGAACUCCUCAAACCUACACCUACUCUUUCCAUAGAAACUCAGAAACUUGGCCCGGUUACAUCUCCAGAAUCACCAAAACCUACUACUCUUACUCCCCUGGAGCUUCAGAAAUCUGGCUCUCUUGUUUCUCCUGAGCCACUGACACCUUCUCUUCCUUCUCCUGAGCCUCUGAAACCUGCCCCUGUUUCUUCUCCUGAACUUCCCAAACCAGUCCCUCUUGUUUCUGAAUCUCAGAAAUCUGUCCCCAUUCCUUCUCCAGAACCACAGAAACUUGCCCCUUUAUCUCCUGAGCCAGUAAAGACUACUCUUACUAAUCCCAAACCCCAGAAACACUCUCAUUUCUCAGAAAUAUUGGGGCCACCAUCAGCCUCAUCUCCAGAGUCACCAGUUCUAGCUACUUCUCCUGAACCUUGGGGGCCUUCCCCAACUGCAUCUCCAGAAUCUCGGAAACCAGCCCGGACUAUCUCCCCUGAGCCCAGAAAGCCAUCCCCAUCUGAGUCACCUGAACCUUGGAAGCCAUUUCCUGCUGUCUCUCCAGAGCCUAGGAGACCAGCCCCAGCUGUGUCACCAGGUUCUUGGAAGCCAGGGCCACCUGGGUCCCCUAGGUCUUGGAAAUCUAGUCCUUCAGCAUCAUCAGGACCUUGGAAGCCAGCUAAACCUGCUCCAUCUGUAUCUCCUGGACCUUGGAAACCAAUUCCUUCGAUAUCACCUGGACCUUGGAAACCAGCUCCAUCUGUAUCUCCUACGUCCUGGAAGUCUUCAUCAGCUUCAUCUAGUUCCUGGAAAACUCCCCCCACAUCUCCUGAGUCAUGGAAGUCUGGGCCACCAGAACUCCGAAAGACAACUCCUACCUUGUCGCCUGAACAUUGGAAGGCAGUUCCUCCAGUGUCUCCUGAGCUCCGUAAAGCAGGACCUCCCUUGUCUCCUGAGCUUCGCAAACAGGGCCCACCCGUAUCCCCAGAGGGCCGUAGUCCAGCAGGAUCUCCAGAGCUCAGAAAACCCUCAGGGUCACCCGAGCUUUGGAAGCUUUCUUCUGAUCAACGAAAAACUUCUGCCUCACUUGAUUUCCCUGAGCCCCAGAAAAAUUCCCGUGGUGUUUCUCCUGAUCUCUGGAAGUCUUCCUUUUUUAUUGAACCUCAGAAACCUGCUCUUUUCCCGGAGACACGGAAAACUGGUCCUUCUGCACCGUCUGAAUCCCCUAAGGCAGCCUCAGAUAUCUGGAAACCUGUCCUCUCUAUUGAUACUGAGCCUAGAAAACCUGCUCUUCUUCCUGAGCCCACCAAAACAGCCCCUCCUGCUUCUCCAGAACCACGAAAACGUGCUCUUUUUCCAGAACCCAGGAAGCAUCCCCUUUUCCCUGAACUUCCUAAGUCUGCUAUAUUCUCAGAGUCUCAGAAAGCAGUUGAGCUUGGUGAUGAACUGCAGUUAGAUGCCGUAGAUGUUCAAAAGUGUGAUAUUUUGGUUCAGGAAGAACUUCUGGCUACUCCCAAGAAACUCUUAGAGGACACUUUAUUUCCUUGCUCAAAGAAGCUCAAGAAGGACAACCAAGAGAACUCAGAUGCUGAGCUUAGUAGUAGUGAGUAUAUAAAAACAGAUUUGGAUGCAAUAGAUAUUAAAGGCCAAGAGUCAAGCAGUGAUCAAGAGCAAGUUGAUGUGGAAUCUAUUGAUUUUAGUAAAGAGAACAAAAUAGACAUGACUAGCCCAGAACAGUCCAAAAACGUACUACAAUUUACUGAAGAAAAGGAGGCUUUUAUCUCUGAAGAGGAGAUAGCAAAAUAUAUGAAGCGUGGAAAAGGAAAGUAUUAUUGCAAAAUUUGUUGUUGUCGUGCUAUGAAAAAAGGUGCUGUUUUGCAUCAUUUGGUUAAUAAGCAUAAUGUUCAUAGCCCUUACAAAUGCACAAUUUGUGGGAAGGCUUUUCUUUUGGAAUCUCUUCUUAAAAAUCAUGUUGCAGCCCAUGGGCAAAGUUUACUUAAAUGUCCACGUUGUAAUUUUGAAUCAAAUUUCCCAAGAGGCUUUAAGAAACAUUUAACUCAUUGUCAAAGCCGGCAUAAUGAAGAGGCAAAUAAAAAGCUAAUGGAAGCUGUUGAACUGCCACUGGAGGAGCAGCAAAUUUAAUUUUUAAACAAUAUACAUAAAUAUACACUCUACAAAGUUUGUUAAAACCGUCUUUUGAAAGUGUAGCUAACGAAUUAGCCUAGUUGGAUCAGUAGAUUUGAUGUGUAUGGUUGUAAUGUGUAUUAUUAUGUCAGUAGUGUUAAAAAGAAAAAGCAUUUGGUUUUUUUUUUUAUGGUCUCUGUUUAUGUGGUUACCUUGCAAAUUAAUAAUUUCAUACUGUAUAUCCCAGAUGGAUAAGAUUUCUCUUAUUUCUUUUAAGUUUAUUUGAAUAAUGUGAAGAGUAGACAUUCCAUUUAAUUAGCAAUGAAAAGCAAGUUGUACUAAAUUUAAAACAUCUUUAAAAUGUGUCAUUUUAUGAAACUGAUACCAGACAAUAGAAAUUAGUAGUUUUGUUUAAGAAUGAGGAAUGAAAGGUUACUUGGGAGGAAAUUUUGUUGUCUUUCAUUAAAUAUAUUUUCUUAUUUUGAAGUUUCUGUUUGAUCAUGUGAAAUUAGUUUAUAAAUCUCAAAAAAUUUCUAGAUGUUUAUUAGCUUUUUUCAUAGAAAAUUGGAGUCUCAGGGUUGUUAAUUUUCUGCUAAAAGGGGAAAUUUUGAGUAAGUUUUUAAAAUAGAUUGCAGCCGCCUUUGGGGGAGCAGUUCUUACGAAAGUAUGGAGUGUGACCAGAAACUAAGAGAAAAGUUACUAUGAUGUUUUGUCUUUUUUUGUCCUUAGUUGUAGAAUAGACUUCCCAUUGGAGUCUUCCAUUCUGUGUCUUACCCCAGGUCUGGCCCUCUUCUGCCCUGCCAGCUCACACCAAGAGAUGAUCCUUAAUUGCCAAAUGUGUCAGAGCUUAUACCUCCUGGGCCUUACAGGUUACCUGUUGGAGUGAAGCUUAGCAGGGGGCUGGGGGGUGGGGUGGGAAGUAGGAACUGAAAGUCUUCCAGAUUCAUAGUAGAAAAUUUUAUAAAUAGACGUUUGUUUGAAAAAUAUAUCACUUUUAUGUUCACAGUUCUUUUACUGUAAAUACCUUGUACCUGUUCAUGAGUUAUUUUAUUCUAAAAUAUGUUGUCAAAAGUGUAUGAACCAAA